AUGCCCGUUACAUUCACUCAACGCAAUCUUGACUCACCCCAGAUAUCAAAGUCAUUCAACAUCACACGACGUCGGAUAAUGUAUAACAUUGACAGCGUUUAUAGUCUGGUCUCGAUUCUACCGUACACAUUCACUACACCGGCGUGCCGCUUUCCGGUGUGUACCGAAAAUGUCGGUAUACCCACCCCAGCCAUAGUCCGGUUUGGACGCAUCAUUGUGGCCAAAAUUUCUGAAAUGGAACCUCCGGUUGCUUCCGCUAUCUCGAAGCAGGGUGAAGUUUUCUAG